AUGAUAAAUGAUCUAGGUAUUACUCUUGAUCAGGAACUACAAUUUCACGAUCAUAUUGACAAAUCCUGCUGCAAGGCUCUGAAAACACUUAGAUUCAUAAAAAGGGUCUCCUUGGAAUUUAAUUUUAUAUCACCACUUAAAGCGUUAUUCUGUGCACUUAUCAGGUCUAUCUUAGAGUAUGACGUUGUUAUUCGGGACCCGUCUUCUGCGAGCAGUGUGAACCAUUUAGAAAGGAUACAACGUAAAUUUUUAAGUUUUGCUGCUAUGGUACUUCACAACGACCACUUACCCCAUGAGUAUAAUCUAGUAAUUAAGCGGCUUGGAUUAAAAAUCCUAGCUGAUAGACAGAUAUCUGCUAACAACGUGUUCCUACGUAACCUUAAAAAUGGGUCUACAGAUUGUUCUGUAUUGUUAAGCUUAAUUUUAAAAUCCCUAGCUUCCAGUCCAAGCAACUUACCCGUUUUUCAUUCUUUUUUGCACCACGAAUUACUCUCGUAA